AUGAAAGAAGUAGAAGUUGAUAAUAGUACUUGUUAUAAUUUGACGUAUUUUAAAGAUAUUAUGAAAGAAUAUAGAAAGAUAGAUGAUAACAUUAUUUUAAGGAUGAAUACAACGGAUACACACUCAGAACAAGCGUGCGCAGAAUUCUUUAAACAAUUGACUAAAGCUUAUUCAAAACGAGAACAAAUUAUAAAUCAGUGUUUAAAGGAAUUAGAAAAAAAGCAAAAAGCACUGAUAGAUGAUCCGUAUGAUAACGAUCUAAAGAAUCAAAUGUUUGUAGAAGAAUCCAAGCGACGAAUGAUUGGUAAUGAAAUCACCGUAGAAGAAAUAGUAAGAGAUAGAAGUUUGACAGUAUUUAAGAACAAAUGUCGAAUGUUUCAUAUUCCCAAAGAAAUUUCCGAAAUUAUUAAUAGACAAUGA